AUGCGGAGUCUCGGUUCCGUGCAGCAGAAAAUGCCCUGUGUUUUCACCACGGACAUAAAGGAGGAAAAGUCCAGAAAACGCGAUGGUCAGUCCUAUCAGGUGGUUGCCACAGAGACGCUGAAUUCCAUUGCUGUGGACGCGGACGUGGAGUCUGCUCUCGCCACAGAGAAAGUGGAUGGCACCUGCUGCUAUGUGUCUCUGCUCCGAGGUGAGCCGUGCCUCUGGGCUCGUCUGGACCGAAAGCCAAACAAACAGGCGGAGAAGCGGUUCAAGAGACAUCAGCAGGUUCAUCGCAGCGGCAAAGGGUUCUACUGGACCGUGGACCAGGACUUUAAACCAGUCCCAGAGUCCUGGAUCCCAGCUCAUGGAGUCCAGCGAGAGAACGAGAGGCUGGUCCCAGACGAGAACGGGCACAUCCCAGGCUGGGUCCCUGUACAGUCUGACAGUAAGCAGUACUGCUGGCACUCUUCUGUGGUGGACUAUGAGCUCGGAGCCGCUCUGCUCCUCACUCCCACUUCCCAUAAUAACUCCUCAGCCUGCAGUGCUCCCUGUGGCCUGCAGGUGGAGCUGCAGCUCACUGCUGUGCCCCUGACUGAGCUGCUGGAGCACACCCUGGAGCUGAUCGGGACCAAUGUGAACGGCAACCCGUACGGUCUGGGCUGUAAGAAGCGGCCUGUCCACUGCCUGGUCUCUCACGGCUCGAUCCCCCUGGUCCUCCCUCCUCCUCUGAACCUGCAGAACCUCAGGUCCUGGUUCCAGUCCGGUCCUGAAGGUCGAGUGGAAGGCAUUGUGUGGCACUGUCGCGAUGGGACACUGCUCAAGCUGCACAGACACCACCUGGGGCUACGGUGGCCUGAUGGAGACACGCUCCUGGGCUCGCGCUCCGUCUGCGUUCACAUGGACCAGGAUGACCACAACCACGACCUGUUCUCGUCUCUGUCCAAACUGAACGGACGCCGCUUUGAGAGGCUCCAGGACCUGAACUUUGACACGUAG